CUGAAUUCAGUAAACUCCUAGAAUUUGGGCCGAAAUCUUGUUAAACAGACGUCAACAUUUUUAUUUUUCAUCCAAUUUCAACCCGGAUUUUCGUCUAAACAGCUAUAAUAUUGUAUUUCUUCUGAUGGGCAUGGUAGUCUAAUCCAUCUGAACAACGAUUAGAGGAAAAUAGUGAAGUAACCUCACCUGCCCUCCUAAGGAGAAGUUAAGUAACAUACCAGAGAAAGAAAAGUCAUGGCGACUGGAAACACUUUGCAGAGAGCCAUUGAUCUGGUUACUCAAGCAACAGCAGAAGACAAAAAGAAGAACUAUGCCGAAGCCCUUAGGCUCUAUGAGCAAGGAGUAGAAUUUUUCCUGCAUGCCAUCAAAUAUGAGGUACAAGGUGAGAAGUCGAAAGACAGCUUGAGGCAAAAGUGUGUCCAGUACCUGGAGCGGGCUGAAAAACUUAAAAAGUACCUGGAGAGUGGUAAAAGCAAAAAGCCAGUUAAAGAAGGUGACUCAGGCGGAAAGAAGAAAAGUGAAAGUGACAGCGAUGAGGAGGACCCAGAGAAGAAAAAGAUGCACUCCAAACUGGAAGGCGCUAUUGUUGUGGAGAAGCCGCACAUUAAAUGGUCAGAUGUUGCUGGACUCGAGGGAGCCAAAGAAGCUCUCAAGGAGGCAGUCAUUUUGCCCAUUAAAUUCCCUCAUCUCUUCACUGGCAAGAGGAUUCCGUGGAAAGGAAUUUUGUUGUUUGGGCCCCCAGGUACAGGAAAAUCUUACCUGGCCAAGGCUGUGGCAACCGAAGCCAACAACUCGACCUUCUUCUCCAUUUCCUCUUCUGAUCUGGUGAGCAAGUGGUUGGGCGAAUCUGAAAAGUUGGUGAGGAGUCUUUUCGAAAUGGCACGCGAGCACAAACCAUCCAUCGUCUUCAUCGAUGAAAUCGACUCUCUCUGCUCGUCCCGCUCGGACAAUGAAUCUGAAUCUGCCAGAAGGAUCAAAACCGAAUUCCUUGUUCAAAUGCAAGGCGUUGGGAGCAACAAUGAAGGUAUCUUGGUGCUGGGCGCCACAAACAUACCCUGGGUGCUGGAUGCAGCCAUUAGGCGAAGAUUUGAGAAGAGAAUCUACAUUCCUCUUCCUGAAGAGCACGCUCGCGCCAUCAUGUUCAAAAUUAACAUUGGCAACACACCGACCUCUCUCAAUGAUUCGGAUCUCAAGAUUUUGGCAGCUAAAACCGAGGGGUACUCUGGAGCUGACAUCAGCAUCAUUGUGAGAGACGCCCUGAUGCAGCCCAUCAGAAAAGUGCAGUGCGCGACACACUUCAUGCGCUGCAGCGGACCUUCAAGGGCUGACCCUAAUGUCAUUGACCACGAAUUACUCGCCCCUUGCUCACCUGGGGAACAAGGAGCAAUCGAGAUGACCUGGAUGGACGUCCCUGGAGACAAACUUCUUGAGCCCGUCGUCAGCAUGAAUGACAUGCUUCGUUCUCUGGCGGUCACAAAGCCCACUGUCAACGCUGACGACAUGUUUAAGCUGGACAAAUUCAAAGACGACUUUGGCCAGGAGGGAUAGAGCACCUUCUUCUUUUGUCCACGCUGGAAAAUCACACCACUGAUUGUAUAAAAGAAUAAUUUUUAAAGUUAACGCUAAAUGUUGGAAGUGAAUUAAGCUGCAUAACAUAUGAUACAGAAAUGCUUACACGGUGAUACAUCUUAACAGCCUGGCUAAAUCUAUGUUUUUAACCUGUAUUUUUGAGUGGCAAAGAUAAGCUCCCUUGUCAGGUCUUGUGAUGGAUGAAAAAUACUGUAUGUUUCAGUCUAUUCGCCUUCUUUUUUAUUGUCGUAUAUAUAAAUUAGAAUUUAGGCAAAAUGUAUUUGUUAUUCAAUCAGUAUAUAAAUUAAUUAAAACCACAA